UUUCCCCCCCCAUUCCUCCCCCCCCCCCCCGGCUCUGGGCGAGCCAGACACGGUUUGCCCAGUGCAGAGAGAGAGGGGCUCCGUGUUCCGCCUCCGUGGAGUAUUUGGGAUUGGAGAGAGACACACACGCACACACACACACACACACACGCACACAGAGACCAUCUGCAGUGUCAAUGCGGCGCCUGCUCUGAAGACUGAAGUGGGGGGAAAGGAGAGGAGAGAGAAAUUAUAUAUAUAUAUAUAUCUAUAUACACCAAAACCCACCCAAAGCAAGCGAGGAGCACUGCCAGGACAGAAUCUGCCAGGGAAUUGGCGUUUUGAAGAGUUUUACAGCUCCUAAUCCUCGUUGCCUUGGGAAUACAAACCUCUCUAAUCAUGUCGCCGGCCAUGUGGAAAUGGACUUGCCUGGUUUCUCACCUCCUGCUGUCCACCACAGUGUCACCUCUUGGCAGACAGCAGCCACCCCAUCCAAAGAGGCCCUUCAUCACCUUCACUGGAGAGCAAGCAGAGGGAAACUUCAACCACUUGGUGGUGGAUGAAAGAACUGGGCACAUUUACUUGGGCGCUGUCAACAGGAUCUACAAACUCUCCAGUGACCUGAAGGUCCUGGUGACCCACGAGACUGGUCCUGACGAUGAUAAUCCCAAGUGUUAUCCUCCCAGGAUAGUCCAAACCUGCAAUGAACCCUUGACUCCCACCAACAACAUAAACAAAAUGCUCCUCAUAGACUACAAGGAGAAUCGGUUGAUAGCCUGUGGGAGUCUGUACCAGGGCAUCUGCAAGCUCCUGAGGCUGGAUGACCUCUUCAAGCUCGGAGAGCCCUUCCACAAGAAGGAGCAUUACCUCUCUGGGGUGAACGAGAGUGGCUCUGUUUUUGGAGUCAUUGUUUCUUACAGCAACAUGGACGACAAGCUGUUCAUCGCCACGGCCGUGGACGGCAAACCGGAGUAUUUCCCCACCAUCUCCAGCAGGAAGCUCACCAAGAACUCCGAGGCUGAUGGGAUGUUUGCCUAUGUCUUUCAUGAUGAAUUUGUGGCCUCUAUGAUCAAGAUCCCCUCAGACACAUUUACCAUCAUCCCUGACUUCGAUAUCUACUACAUCUACGGCUUCAGCAGCAGGAACUUUGUGUAUUUCCUGACCCUGCAGCCUGAGAUGAUCUCCCCACCCGGUUCCACCACAAAGGAGCAGGUUUAUACCUCCAAGCUGGUGCGGCUUUGUAAGGAGGACACGGCCUUUAACUCCUAUGUGGAGGUGCCCAUUGGCUGUGAGAAGAACGGGGUGGAAUAUCGAUUGCUCCAGGCUGCCUACUUGUCCAAGGCUGGAGCCAUCCUGGCCAGGUCUCUGGGCGUUGGCCCCGAGGAUGACAUCCUCUUCACAGUCUUCUCCAAGGGGCAGAAAAGGAAGAUGAAGUCCUUGGAUGAGUCUGCUCUUUGCAUCUUUGUCCUGAAAAACAUCAAUGACCGCAUCAAGGACAGGCUCCAGUCCUGCUACAGGGGAGAGGGGACGUUAGAUCUGGCCUGGCUCAAGGUCAAGGACAUUCCCUGUAGCAGCGCGCUGUUAACAAUUGAUGACAAUUUCUGUGGCCUGGAUAUGAAUGCCCCCUUGGGAGUAUCGUCCAUGGUGCGAGGGCUCCCCAUUUUCACUGAGGAUGGGGACAGGAUGACCUCGGUGAUUGCCUACGUCUACAAGAACCACUCCCUGGCUUUUGUGGGCACCAAGAGUGGGAAGCUCAAGAAGAUCCGUGUGGAUGGCACCGCCAAGAACACUCUGGAGUACGAGAUCGUGCAGGUGGUGGACACUGGCCCCAUCCUGCGGGACAUGGCCUUCUCUGUGGAUCAUGAACACCUCUACAUCAUGUCUGAGAAGCAGCUCACCAGGGUGCCCGUGGAGUCCUGCAGCCAACACGAGACCUGCAGCGAGUGCCUGGGCUCAGGAGACCCCCACUGCGGGUGGUGUGUCCUCCACAACAUGUGCACGAGGAAGGAGCGGUGCGAGCGCUCCAGCGAGCCGCGCAGAUUCGCCUCGGAGAUGAAGCAGUGCGUGCGCCUCACCGUGCACCCCAACAACAUCUCCGUGUCCCAGUACAACGUUCUGCUGGUUUUGGAGACCUACAACGUCCCCGAGCUGUCAGCAGGAGUCAACUGCACCUUCGAGGACCUGUCGGAGAUGGAUGGCUUGGUGGUGGGCAGCCAGAUCCAGUGCAUCUCUCCAGCUGCCAAGGAGGUGCCCCAGAUUGUCACAGAGAAUGGUGACCAUCACAUUGUCCAGCUCCAGCUGAAGUCCAAGGAAACAGGGAUGACCUUUGCCAGCACCAGCUUCGUCUUCUACAACUGCAGCGUCCACAACUCGUGCCUGUCGUGCGUGGAGAGCCCGUACCGCUGCCACUGGUGCAAGUACCGCCACGUCUGCACCCACGACCCCAGCUCCUGCUCCUUCCAGGAGGGACGAGUCAAGAUGCCUGAGGACUGCCCCCAGCUGCUGCAGGCUGAGAAGAUCCUGGUGCCCGUGGAGGUGAUCAAACCCAUCACUCUGAAGGCCAAGAACCUGCCCCAGCCCCAGUCUGGCCAGCGGGGCUACGAGUGCAUCCUGAGCAUCCAGGGCAGCGAGCAGAGGGUGCCAGCCCUGCGGUUCAACAGCUCCAGCGUGCAGUGCCAGAACACCUCGUACUCGUACGAGGGGAUGGAGAUUAACAGCCUGCCAGUGGAGCUGACAGUCGUGUGGAACGGGAAUUUCAACAUUGACAACCCAGCACAGAACAAAGUUCACCUGUACAAGUGCGGGGCCAUGCGCGACAGCUGCGGACUCUGCCUCAAAGCCGACCCCGACUUCGAGUGUGGCUGGUGCCAGGGACAGAACCAGUGCACGCUCAAGCAGCACUGCCCAGCCCAGGACAGCCAGUGGCUGGAGCUCUCCAGCACCAAGGGCAAGUGCACCAACCCCAAGAUCACGGAUAUCAACCCCGUGACAGGCCCUCGUGAGGGAGGCACCAGAGUGACCAUCCGUGGGGAGAACCUGGGGCUGGAAUUCCGGGAUAUCGCGUCCCACGUCAAGGUGGCCGGCGUGGAGUGCAAGCCGCUGGUGGAAGGGUACAUCCCAGCAGAGCAGAUCGUGUGUGAGAUGGGGGAGGCCAAGCCCAGCCAGCACGCCGGGUUUGUGGAAAUCUGCGUGGCCGAGUGCAAGCCAGAGUUCAUGGCCAGGUCUUCCCAGCUCUACUACUUCAUGACCCUGACCCUCUCUGACCUGAAGCCGAAGCGGGGACCAGUGUCGGGUGGCACCCAGGUGACAAUCACAGGCAACAACCUCAACGCUGGCAGCAACGUCAUUGUGACCUUUGGGAGACAGCCCUGCCUCUUCUACAGGAGAUCCACCAAGCACAUUGUCUGUAACACCACAGCCUCCUACGAGGGCUUUGAGAAGGUGAAGGUGUCUGUGAGAGUGGACAAGGCCAAGAUCCAUCAGGAGCUGCACUAUGAAUAUGUAGAGGAUCCCACCAUCCUGAGGAUCGAGCCUGAGUGGAGCAUCUUCAGCGGCAACACUCCCAUUGCUGUGUGGGGAACUCACCUGGACCUCAUCCAAAACCCUCAGAUCCGGGCAAAGCACGGUGGAAAGGAGCAUGUCAAUAACUGUGAGGUGCAGAACAGCACAGAGAUGACCUGCCAGGCCCCAGCACUGGCUGUGGACCCCAAUCACCAGUCUGAGCUCGCUGAGCGCCCGGAGGAGUUUGGUUUCAUCCUCGACAAUGUGCAGUCCCUGCUGAUCCUCAACAAAACCAACUUCACCUACUACCCCAACCCCAUCUUCGAGGUUUUCAAUCCCUCAGGGAUCCUGGAGCUGAAGCCUGGAAGUCCCAUCAUCCUGAAGGGCAGGAAUCUGAUCCCACCGGUGGCAGGAGGCAAUGCCAAGCUGAACUACACGGUUCUGGUGGGUGAGAAGCCCUGUGCUGUGACAGUGUCAGACGUGCAGCUCCUCUGUGAGUCCCCAAACCUCAUUGGAAGGCACAAGGUGAUGGCUCGUGUAGGAGGGAUGGAGUUCUCCCCAGGGAUGGUCUACAUCUCCCCAGACAGCCCUCUGAGCCUGCCAGCCAUCGUCAGCAUCGCGGUGGCCGGCGGGCUGCUCAUCAUCUUCAUCGUGGCCGUGCUGAUCGCGUACAAGCGCAAGUCCCGGGAGAGCGACCUCACCCUCAAGCGCCUGCAGAUGCAGAUGGACAACCUGGAGUCCAGGGUGGCCCUGGAGUGCAAAGAAGCCUUUGCAGAGCUGCAGACAGAUAUCCAUGAGCUGACGAGUGACCUGGAUGGAGCUGGGAUCCCUUUCCUCGACUACCGAACCUACACCAUGAGGGUGCUUUUCCCUGGCAUUGAGGAUCAUCCAGUCCUGAGGGAUUUGGAGGUGCCUGGCUACCGACAGGAACGGGUGGAGAAGGGCCUGAAGCUCUUUGCCCAGCUGAUCAACAACAAGGUUUUCCUGCUCUCCUUCAUCCGCACGCUGGAGUCGCAGCGCAGCUUCUCCAUGCGGGACCGCGGCAACGUGGCCUCGCUGAUCAUGACGGUGCUGCAGAGCAAGCUGGAGUACGCCACCGACGUCCUCAAACAGCUCCUGGCUGACCUCAUCGACAAAAACCUGGAGAGCAAGAACCACCCCAAGCUGCUGCUGCGGAGGACAGAGUCUGUGGCUGAGAAAAUGCUCACCAACUGGUUCACCUUCCUCCUCUACAAGUUCCUCAAGGAGUGUGCUGGAGAGCCUCUCUUCUCCCUGUUCUGUGCCAUCAAGCAGCAGAUGGAGAAGGGCCCCAUCGACUCCAUCACGGGCGAGGCUCGGUACUCCCUGAGCGAGGACAAGCUCAUCCGACAGCAGAUCGACUACAAGACCCUGGUGCUGAGCUGUGUGAACCCCGACAACGUGAACAGCCCCGAGAUCCCGGUGAAGAUCCUCAACUGUGACACCAUCACGCAGGUCAAGGAGAAGAUCCUCGAUGCCAUCUUCAAGAACGUGCCCUGCUCCCACCGGCCCAAGGCUGCUGACAUGGACCUGGAGUGGCGGCAGGCCAGCGGGGCCAGGAUGAUCCUGCAGGAUGAGGACAUCACCACCAAGAUAGAGAACGACUGGAAGAGACUCAACACCCUGGCACACUACCAGGUCCCAGAUGGGUCUGUGGUAGCUUUGGUCUCCAAGCAAGUCACUGCCUACAAUGCAGUCAACAACUCCACAGUGUCCCGGACGUCAGCCAGCAAGUAUGAAAACAUGAUCCGCUACACGGGCAGCCCCGACAGCCUCCGCUCGCGCACGCCCAUGAUCACCCCCGACCUGGAGAGCGGCGUCAAGAUGUGGCACCUGGUCAAGAACCACGAGCAUGGAGACCAAAAAGAGGGUGACAGAGGCAGCAAGAUGGUUUCUGAGAUCUACCUGACCAGGUUACUGGCCACCAAGGGCACCCUCCAGAAGUUCGUGGACGACCUCUUUGAGACCAUCUUCAGCACUGCCCACCGUGGCAGUGCCCUCCCCCUGGCCAUCAAGUACAUGUUUGAUUUCCUGGAUGAGCAGGCAGACAAGCACAACAUCCACGACCCCCACGUGCGGCACACCUGGAAGAGCAACUGCCUCCCCUUGCGGUUCUGGGUUAACAUGAUCAAGAACCCCCAGUUUGUCUUCGACAUCCACAAAAACAGCAUCACGGACGCCUGCCUGUCCGUGGUGGCCCAGACCUUCAUGGACUCCUGCUCCACCUCCGAGCACCGCCUGGGCAAGGACUCCCCCUCCAACAAGCUCCUCUACGCCAAGGACAUCCCCAGCUACAAGAACUGGGUGGAAAGGUACUACUCAGACAUUGCCAAGAUGCCAGCAAUCAGCGACCAGGACAUGAAUGCUUACCUGGCUGAGCAGUCCCGCAUGCACAUGAAUGAGUUCAACACCAUGAGCGCGCUCUCCGAGAUCUACUCCUACGUGGGCAAGUACAGCGAGGAGAUUCUCGGAGCCCUCGAUCAAGAUGACCAGGCUGGGAAACAGAAACUUGCCUACAAACUUGAACAAGUCAUAACCCUCAUGAGCAUAGACAGCUGAGAACUGUCCUGCCAGGGACACCCUGGGAGGGAUAAACCAAGUCGUGCCUCACUCAAGAUCAUCAUCUUUACCAAGUGCAAGUUUUGAUGGGCUGUAAGCAGAGCCACCCGAACAGCGCUCCUCCCUCUCUCCCUCCCUCUCUCUUUCUCUUUUCCUUCUCUUUCCAAAUCUAUGGACAAAGCGACAGAGCCCCAGGGGUGAAAAGAAAAGACUGCAGAGGAAUCUUGGCUCUGGGGCCAUGAAGACAUUCGGGUGGAGCUCUCCUUUUCACAGCUUCCCCUCUGCCUUUUGCCCUAGAGAGAAACUAUUGAACACACACAAAACCCCACCAACCCUCCCCCAGCACCGCAUCCUCACUCUGCAGAGGUGAAACUGGGAGGUAACUUCUGUCAUGCUGCUUUAACUGCCCUCCAAGGGCUGUAGCCUCUGGAGAGGACAUGGAAAUGAACUCAGUAUUACUCAAGUGUCCCCGAGGGGAAGGCAGCCUGCAGGGCUCCUGGAGGGCAGAGCCAAUCCAGCUCCUCUCCUGCAGAGCCAUUGCCGUUCUAUCUCUGGAUAGCGACCCACUGGGAGAGGAGCCUUGAGGCUCCCCAAAAAAUGUCCAGAGCAGGACAGCUGGGGCUCAUCCUGCCUGGGCAAACAGCUUGUCUGCUGGGGCAGGGAAAGGGUCGAGAGGGGACGAGGAGAGCGACGCUCCCCUGCCCAUGUGUUUCAUAUGGUUCUUCUUAUUUUUCCAAGAGCCGCGUGUCCCCCUCCGUCUUUCCCGUCGUGUCCUGUUGGUCGUAGCACUGCAGCAAAAUGCUCUCUCUGCUCGCUGGCAUCCCGUCAGGGGUGGUGGUUCUGCUCCUCCUGGCAAUGGAGAGCACAGCAUCAUCCCCCUCAUCCCCACCUCAGCUUGGAAAGCAGGAGCCACAGGCCUCGGUUUGUUCCAGGCAAGGGGCUCAGCCUCAAAAGAAGAACCAGAAGGAUUUUUUUAUUUUUUCUUUUUAAGCUGUUCUUUCCAUUUUGUUUCCUCAACUGGAACACAACUGUUGUUUUCCCACAGUGGAAUAUCAGAGGGUUACUGAAAUGCUUGCUGUGAAGUGAGGUGGUGCACGGUGCUGAUGGUAAAGCCUUCCUUCCGAGCCACUCCUAAGAGGGAAUGUCACCACACACUUUGGAAGGAAAUCUUGGAGGAAAUCCAAAUGAAACACUGCAAAAAAUUCUUCUACCUAGAUCCCCCAGCCGAACUGCCUGUCUUCUGGAGGUCUCUGAACUGCUGUGAGCCCAUCUGCCUUUUGGUGCCAACUCCUGGCCUUUCCUCUUCUCCAUUUCUGGAACCAACAGGCCUUGCUGAAGGCACAGUUGCUGCCUGGGAAGGAUUUUAUCUCUCUUUGCACUUCUUAUCCCUUCAGGGACUGCUGUCACCAUGGGACAACUGUGGGGGAUCACCCUGUCCCUGUCCCAUCCUCUGCUCAGCUUCUCCAGAACAUCUCAACUUGUUCCAUGGCCAACCAAAGGGGAGGGAGCUCCUGCUUCUCUUUUGCCUUCAGCUGUUCCGUUCACACGGCUGCCAGCCUCCGGGAUUAGAGACUCUUGGGGUGUGGAGAACCUUCCUCGUACACCAGGGAGGCAAGAGCUGGGUCAGCAUUCAUCUCCCCAGACGUGAGCAGAGCUCCCUGGCAGAUGGAGGAGUGGCUGGAGAAUCAGCCCACGUCCGCCUCCACCCCAUCCUCGGAGGCAGAGCCUGGACCUGCUUUGCACCUGGGGGGAGGAAGGGGUGCAGGCAGGGUGUGUGCAUUGAUUACAGAGCGAGUUCUUUUGGGUUUAUUCCCAUCCCUUGCUAUCAAACCAGAGCCUGUUGGGAGUGACAGACCCUGAGCGUGUGUGAGGGGGGAUUGGUGCAAGCAGGAGCCAGCCAGCGGGAGGGUUUCCUUCAGCCAAGCAGAUACACACGUAGGCGAGUCCAAAACCACUCAAAGAACAGCAGAGUCCAAACCUGGAUAUGUCUGUGGGGAGAAAAUCACCAGAUUCACUUUGAAACAGCAAACUUAGGGACACGUCUUGGUUUUAAACCCCCAGACAUUUCUCUCUUGAUUGCGAUUCCGAUUAUUUUGUGCGUGUGCGUGUGUAUCUGUGUGCGCGUGUGCGUUCCUUCCUUUAUUUUUUUAUUUUUUUAUUUUUUUGGUUCUGCUUGCUUUCUGUUGGAUUGCUGAGCUGAUGGACUCAUCAUGCACCUUAUGGACAUCUCAGCAGUUUUACGAGGCCUGCGCAUUGGGGAUGGUUUGGGUUUGGUUGGUUCUGCCAUGGUUCUGUUGAUCCAUUUUAGUAACGUCGGCGCAUGUUCCAGAUCCAUUGAUUAUGGCUGUGAAAGUGGGAAGUCCCACCAGAGCCAGUGGUAAGAAAAUGACAGCAAACAACAACACAAACACAGUAUUUUUUAUAAGUACGUAGACUUGAAAAAAAACAAAAAAAAAAAACAAAAAAAAAGGGAAAAAUUAAAAUAAAAAAGGAAGAAACCAAAGGUUUUGACAAACAAAGUGCCACAAAAGAUAAAUAUGGACCCUAUUGUCAUGCCUUGUACUCACAGCUGGAUGGUAGGAGUCUAAGGACAAAGAGCUGGCUUGGAGGGAAGUGGUUAUGAGUGAUGGGCGAUCCUGCCUGGACAUGCGCACAUGAGAGGAAGAAGAAGCUGUUUAACAAAAAAAAAAAAAAAAAAAAAGUUUCAAAAUGAACUGGUGUGACCCUGCACUGUUACUGAAGUCAGAGGAACACCACAGGGGAAAUCUGAGACUCACCCUGUUUCUUUUCGAUGUUUUCAGGGCUGUGUUUUUGCUUUGUUAUGGUUGUUUUCCAUGGUUGUUAUUUUAUUUCUUCUUGCUGGUACGGAGUUUUUCAUCUGUAUAUUAUAUAUAUAUAUUUUUCGAGAAAAACUUGAACACCUCAGAGACACUGAGAAUGAAACACUUAGGGGAAAUGGGAAGCGCCAGGAGAUUGGUGUCUUAACCCUUUCCGACUUCCCAUUUAGGCAUUUCUGCUUUCUCUCCACCCUCUUCUUUCCCCCAUGCCCAGGAUUUGAAAGAAAAUCUGCGUUUUGCUUCUCUUUCAUCUCCUCUUUUUUUUUUUUUUUUUUUUUUUUUUUGUUUUUGUCUUUCUGUUUCUCUUUAUUUUGGUGUUUGAGCUGGAUUUGCUUUUUUGCUUGGAAAAUAUGCCAGAAUUGUGAUGUAAAUGCGUGGGCUUCCUCCCCUGUCCCCUUCAGUGCCCUUCCCAUUUCCAACCAGUGUCCCAGAAUCCCCCAGUCUAUGAGAAGUCUUGGCAUCUUUCUUCCCAGCCUCACCUGUUGAGCUAACUAUUUUUUAAGUGCAUGUAAAA